CACCACUCUCCGUCUCUUUGGUCUCUCUCUCUGGCCAAUACAAAGAAUCUUGUCUGAAAGAGUCUUUGAUUGGUCGUUACUCUCCCUCUGUUGGGUUUUAUUUGUCGACUUAUCUCUGUUUUGAGGAGAAUGGCAGGAUGUGCAAUGAAUUGUCAGUUCUCGAUUGCUGUGAAGUUACGACACGACAUCACUUCGUUGAGGAUUCGCAAUCGAGACUUUGUGUUUGGAGGUUUGGUCAAGGAAAUGAAAGUCCCUGUUUUGAGGAUUAAGGAGCAAAAAGGGUCGAGGCUUUUGAUGGUUAACAUGUCUCAGUCUCCCGUUGAGCCGUUAUCAUCUAGUGUUGUUGCCGUUACUGAACAAACCAAAGGAGUGGAAGAAGGUGGUAGCAUCUUAGGGAAAGGCGACAAUGUUGGAAGCUUAGGAACUGAUGAACCUCCGAAACUUGUAAGUGAUGGUGGUGGUGGAGGUAAUGGUGGAGGUGGGGGUGGAAAUGGAGGAGAAGGCGAAGGUGACGGUGGAGAAGAAGACUAUGAAGAGAAAGAGUUUGGACCACUUUUGAAGUUUGAAGAGGUUAUGAGAGAGACAGAAGCUAGAGGAGCUACGCUUCCAUCUGAUAUGUUAGAGGCUGCUAAGACCUUUGGCAUCCGCAAGUUGAUUCUCCUUAGGUACUUGGAUUUGCAGAGCUCAGCUGGGUUGCUUGGGUUUGCUAUAAGAUCAUGGUCUAUGCUUCGCAACAGAAUGUUGGCUGAUCCUUCUUUCCUCUUCAAAAUAGGGACUGAGAUAGUCAUUGAUUCUUGUUGUGCCACUGUUGCUGAAGUUCAAAAGAGAGGGAAAGAUUUUUGGGCUGAGUUUGAGUUGUAUGUUGCUGAUCUUCUUGUUGGAGUUGUGGUUAACGUUGCUCUGGUUGGUAUGUUGGCGCCUUUUGUCCGUUUUGGUCAACCAUCUGCAUCUACUGGCUUCUUAGGACCCAUGCUUAAUGCUUAUAAUGCGCUUCCUAGCAGCGUGUUUGAAGCUGAAAGACCAGGGUGUAGAUUCUCUGCACAACAGAGACUUGCUACAUACUUCUACAAGGGUAUAAUGUAUGGUGCAGUUGGGUUUGGAUGUGGUAUUGUAGGUCAAGGCAUUGCUAAUCUCAUCAUGACUGCUAAACGGAGCAUAAAUAAAUCAGAAGAAGACAUCCCAGUACCACCUCUCAUCAAGAGCGCAGCUCUCUGGGGUGUAUUCUUGAGUGUUUCUUCCAAUACUCGUUACCAGAUCAUCAAUGGUCUAGAGAGAGUGGUUGAAGCAUCACCUUUCGCCAAGAAUGUGCCUCCUGUGGCUUUGGCGUUUACAGUUGGUGUAAGGUUUGCUAAUAACAUCUACGGUGGGAUGCAGUUUGUGGAUUGGGCGAGAUUGAGCGGUUGUCAGUGAAUAAAAAAAGACCAAACAAACCUCGUUUCUCUUAUGUAUGUCUUAAAUCUUAUGAAACCAUGUAUUGUUGUAGCCCACUUGGUUUGAUUCCUGGUAUGUUUACAGAACUCGCUAGGUGGGUAGUUGAGCUCUAAAAGUAAUGAAUAAAAUGAUUAGAAACAGUCAUAUAUUGUGAAUGAAGAAAUGUUUUAG